AUGUUUCUGUCUCUUCCUACGCUGACUGUUCUUAUUCCACUGGUUUCUUUAGCAGGACUGUUCUACUCAGCCUCUGUGGAAGAAAACUUCCCACAGGGCUGCACUAGCACAGCCAGCCUUUGCUUUUACAGCCUGCUCUUGCCUAUUACCAUACCAGUGUAUGUAUUCUUCCACCUUUGGACUUGGAUGGGUAUUAAACUCUUCAGGCAUAAUUGA